AAACACAACUGAAAAUACAGUUGUAUUCAGUUAUACCUUUGCAAAAGCAGUAGCUACAGUAAAGAUGGAAACAACAAACGCACCAACAACAGCAUUAGCAAAGCUUUUUACAAACUAUUUGAAUGAAGACAACAUUUGUGAGGAUGGUAAUUCAUGGAAGAAGAAUACUUAUCAUAAUAACCAAUUCUACUGGAAUAAGUUUGUUUGGCACAAUGUACCUGAUUUUCAUUCCAAUGGCCCUUACACAGAGAAUAGAUUAAAAUCUACAAAGGAAAGAGUUAAAGAUGCUGUCGAGUUGAAUUGUAAAGAAGAAAAAGAACUGGUCGUGUAUAUUGGUAACGUUAAAGAAUGGCGAGAAAGUAUACGAGAAAAGAUUGAAAUCCUGAUCAAGCUGUGUAAAUUGUUUUUAAAGUCAAUGCAAAGGAUAUUUAAAAAUCUCUUAAACGCGCACGUACCAAAACUAAUCCAGCACAGAAUUAAGCAUUUGUUGUUUUUUGUAAGAGAUGAGGUUGGAGAAUUAACAUGGCGAGAUGUAUUAAUAUUUGGUUUGAUGUUGUUUAUGAUUAUCAGUAGCAGCAAGAGCGCACAAAGACAAUACAAAGAAAUAGCAGAUGACAUAGUUAAAGAUGUAGACAGAAUAUCUUUGGGUUUAUAUGCUGCUAAUGAACGACAGAAUGACCAGUUGAAAUAUAUAGGAGACAAAUAUAAACAACAAACAAAAAGAUCUAGCAACCUGAAGUAUGCGCAGUUGGACAAAGUAACAUCAGUUACCAAGCAAGCUUUGAAACUGAGCAAAAUAAGAAGACCGCCAAUGAUGCCAAACUAUCAGUUUUAUUCUCGAUAUUAUGCUCCACCUAAUGUUAACAAGAAUGAAAUGUUCGAUAGUUUCGACAGCUAUUGCAAAAAUGCUGCAGGUAAUGCCCAACCAAACUCCUGCUAAAUAUAGAACGUGUAGAUGUCAGGUCAGAUGGUUUUCAUCUGCUAUUGUUAACGAGUAAACAGUACAACCUGCUUCUGGAGAACUACUAACUCUUCUAAAAUAUAAAAUUAAAAGAGUAUGGGAUAAAAAUAUAAAUAAUAAAAUAUCAAAAUAG